CCCCUCCCUCUCAUCCUGAGGCUGGAUACGGCUCUGCCCGGCUCGGCGCUCCCUCCUCCCUGUCAUCUGCGGCUGUGCUGGAGAGAGCGGGGAUGUCUCCACAGCGUGCACCGGCAUAAUGCGCAAAUGAAUCGGGCAAGCGACUUUUCAGUUACAUUGAGAGAGAUGAACUCAUAAAAAAGAGCUCAAAUCCACAAAAUGCCCAAGUCUAGCGAUGUAAUCAGUUUCAUUUUUGCUGCAGAGACGACUGACAUGCUAAGCCCCGGAUUCAAACUACCAAACCACCGAGGCAUGAACUGACAUUACUUUCUGAGGUUUACCCAAGGCUUGUCUCUAAACUGGACGCAACAAGAGCAAAGCAAAGCUACAAGAGAAGCUGUGAAAAGCAGACCAAGUGACUUUUGGUCUAAUCACCGUCAUACACAAUGUACUCCCCUCAGAGCCUUCACCGCUGGGGCAUCACUCACAGUGAAAGCAUGGAGAGAUUGGCUUACAGUCAAGCCUUCCGUGACCCGAUGGCCAUGGAGCGCGCUAACCUGUUGAAUAUGGCCAAGCUGAGCAUCAAGGGUCUGAUUGAGUCUGCGCUGAGCUUCGGGAGGACCCUGGACUCAGACUAUCCCCCUCUGCAGCAGUUCUUCGUUGUCAUGGAGCACUGCCUCAAACAUGGCCUUAAAGUGAAGAAGUCUUUCCUGGGCUUUAACAAGUCUCUGUGGGGUCCUCUUGAGUUGGUAGAAAAACUGUGCCCUGAAGCAGCAGAGAUCUCGGCAUCAGUGCGAGACCUUCCAGGACUUAAGACUCCACUGGGAAGAGCUAGAGCCUGGCUGCGCUUGGCUCUGAUGCAGAAGCGGCUGGCCGACUAUCUGCGUUUACUCAUCACUCGGAAGGAUCUGCUCAGUGACUUCUAUGAGAAUUCAGCCCUGAUGCUGGAGGAGGAGGGUGCAGUAAUAGUCGGCCUGCUGGUGGGCCUUAAUGUCAUAGAUGCCAAUCUUUGUGUCAAAGGCGAGGACCUGGAUACACAGGUUGGUGUAAUAGACUUCUCCAUGUACUUGAAGAGUGAUAUUGAUGACUACAGGAGCGAGGAGAGGAAUAGCCAGAUAGCAACGAUACUGGACCAAAAGAACUACAUUGAAGAGCUGAACCGGCAGCUCAACACAACUGUACACAGUCUACAGGGCAGAGUAGAUUCAUUAGAGAAAUCAAACUCUAAACUCAUUGAAGAGUUAGCCAUUGCAAAAAACAAUAUUAUCAAACUACAGGAGGAAAACCAGCAGCUAAGGAGUGAAAACAGUCUAAUAUUACUGAAGGCACAGCAGCACUUAGAGGUAACCCAGGGUGAUGUCUCGGUGGAGAGAGACACUUACAAACAGUCUCGUCAGGGUUUGGAUGAAAUGUACAAUGAAGCUCGGAGACAACUGAAAGAGGAGUGCCAGCUCAGACAGGAUGUGGAAAAUGAGUUGGUGGCCCAGGUGUCAAUGAAGCAGGAGAUGGAGCUGGCAAUGAAACUUCUAGAAAAAGACAUUCAUGAAAAACAGGACACGCUGAUUGGUCUGAGGCAUCAAUUAGAUGAGGUGAAGGCCAUUAAUGUUGAGAUGUACCAGAAGAUGCAGACUUCUGACGAUGAGAUGAAGAAAAAGAAUGACAUGAUCAGCCGACUAGAAGAAAAGACCAAUCAAAUCACUGCCACCAUGAAACAACUGGAGCAAAGAUUACAGGAGGCUGAGAGGCAUCGCACCUCCGCCGAAGAGGGAACCAGGCGCUUCAAGCUGGACUUUGCCAACAAAGCUGACAGCCUGCAACGGCAGAUUGCACAGAGGGAGAAACAACUACAGCAGCUGGAGACUGACCUAAAGAUUGAGAGGGAGUGGAGGCAGACACUACAAAAUGAUCUGCACAGAGAAAAGGACACUGUAGCUCAGCUCGGCGCAGAGGCUCUACAGAUAAAUGGUUUAAAAAAGGAGUUUCAUCGUCUUCAGGAUGAAAACAUUCAGCUAAAGUCGAUCUGUGAAGAUCAGGAGCAGGCACUUGAGGAACUCGGCUCUAAACUUAGCGAAUCUAAAUUGAAGAUUGAAGACAUUAAGGAGGCCAACAAAGCCCUCCAGGGUGGUCAGGUUUGGCUGAAGGACAAAGAUGCCACUCACUGUAAGCUCUGUGAGAAAGAGUUUUCCAUCUCCAGACGAAAGCAUCACUGUAGAAACUGUGGAGAGAUUUUCUGUAACAGUUGCUCUGACAACGAGCUGCCUCUGCCCGCCUCGCCCAAACCGGUGCGAGUGUGUGACACGUGCCACGCCCUCCUCCUCCAACGCUGCUCCUCCAACACCACAUAAAGCAGACAGGGAACCAUCUCUACCCUCAACUCAGAUACUACAAGAUAUCAUUUAACUGUACCAACGCUGCUAUGAAUGCAUGGACAAGCCACUUCUGUAUUAUAUUUAUUUAUUCGAACUCUCGCUGCAUUCAUAACCAUAUUCCAUAACAUGGACCUAUUUUUAAGCACCAUAAACUACUAUUCAGGUGUUUUUCACAUUAAGUCUUAAAUUUCUACCAACAUAAACAACAAAAUUAUUGCAUAAAAUAUUACUAGUUUGUCAGCUAAAGCAUUUGCUAGAAACGGAUCAACGUUUUAGACAGAAAAAAAACAUAUUAUACCAUAUUUUACAUUUUGUGCCAUAUUAGAGUCUACUUAUUAUAAUUUUUAUGACAUUAAGAGUAGAUCAAUUUGUCACCCGCCACAGGACCAGACAAUUUUACAUUAUUAACACUAUAUUAGCAAAAUGGUCCAUGUUAAAAACAUUUCAAAAUAGUGGUGCUGAAAGGACCAGGACUAUUGAGUAACUUAUUGCCACAAACGGACAAUUUCAAUCAGUGAGAAGAGACUUGAGGCACUGACCAUGAUUCCCCAUGUGCCAUUUAAAUAUUAAAUUGUGUAUAUAUUUUUAAGCACAAUGUUAAGUGAGGUUUUAUCUGAUAAUUUAAGAACCACUUUGUACUGCUGCUGCAAACAGGAGGGUUUUGAACUGCCUAAAAUGUCUUUAAUAUUCUACUGCAGAUAGUUUACAUUUUUUUUGUUUUUGUCUUUUUACAUGGCCUAUGUUCAGCAUGAUUCUGAAUGAGGCCAGGCUGAUGGUUUACUUUCAUUACUUCUACUGUAAUCAUAACAGAUUUGUUCAGUACAAUCUGAUCAUUACUGUGGCCUUUUGCUGGAUACAUUCUGCCAAUGAUGUUUGCCAAGAAAAUUAACUGUGUAGCAAUCUGAUUAAAGUCACAUUUGUAAGUAAA